GGAGUGGAAGAAUCCUAGAGUGAGAUUGUAGGAUAGUUGGUUUCAAGUUACCCAUCCUAGACAGGGCAUUGGCAGAGGACAGCACCGUGUGGUAUUCAGAGUGUUGCCUUAGAAUCUGCCCCAGAUACUAGAUUUUUUACUUUGAGUAACAUAACCCCUCUAAGUCUCAAUUUUUUCAUUUGUAAUGUGGGGAUCAUAAUGGUGCUUACCUCAGGGGUUUGUUGUGUUAUAGGAAAUAAUGCAGGCACAGGGCAUAUAGCCUCCUGCACAGUGUGGUAACUGUAACCAAGACUGUCAUAAAACUCUCAAAUCUGCUGUUAUGAGUACAGAGAAGGAAAACCAGUUUUAAGUAUUACCUGAGUAUCGCUUGUUACUCAGUUUAUGAUGUUAGGUUGGAAACAGUCAUCUUUGUUUUGAGACAUCUAUGAAAUAGGUGUGACGAUAGACAAGGAACCAGAAAUGGAAAGUGAUAAAGUUGGAGGCCCAGGAGAACAGGAAAUGAGGCCCAAUAAACAAGAAGAAACAAAUGAAGAAAGGCCAGCAUUACAGGUUACAUCUAAUCACGUGACUCUCUUGGUCUUGGACCCAGCCCACACCCAGACCAGCGAUGCACAACCCACACCUGCAGAGGAGUCAGAAAUCCUACAGCCUGGGGACACAUUCCAACAGCAGGGUCGUGACAUCCUCAACUCCUCAGGCAAUCCUCCCAAAUCCUCAGAAGAAAUCACCCUGCCCAAACAAGGUGAACCCCUCCAGCUGUCAGAAGAAACCACCAAGUCUAUGGAAAGUGACUCUCUGAAUUUGGUGGAAGACUCAAUGGAUCUCCUGGGAGUGGACAUGGUCAAGGAGAUCCUGAGCAAGGAGGACUUCGAGACAGCACUCAAGGAGGCAGGAGAGAGGCUGGUAAUAGUGGAUUUUUCAGCCACAUGGUGUGGGCCUUGCAAGACCAUCAAGCCUCUCUACCACUCCCUGUCUGUGAAGUAUGAGGACGUGGUAUUCCUGGAAGUGGAUGCUGAUGAGUGCGAGGAACUAGUGAAAGAUCGUGACAUCAUUUGCAUCCCAACCUUUCAGUUUUAUAAAAAGGAAGAGAAGGUGGGUGAAUUUUGUGGUGCCCUUACGGAAAAACUCGAAGAAAUCAUUGUAGAAUUAAAGUAAUCAUGUAUUUCGAAAGCAUCUUAAAC